UUCUUGACGUCAACUGAGCGGGUCCAGCGCUGCGCACCGUGCACGGGCACAGCAGCUCCACAUCGCUCUCACAGGCAACGAGGACGCACCACGGCUACAGAUCGCCAUUUAGGUUUAGUGUGGCGAGUCCGAUCAGCAUUGUAGGAUGCCUCUGGGAGAGGAUGGAAAUGGAUGGAAAAAGAAGACAUCAGAUAUCAAAGAACAUUAUGACUUCAAAGAAGUGCUGGGAACAGGUGCGUUCUCCGAGGUAGUUCUAGCAGAGGAGAAGAGGACCCAGAGGCUGGUUGCCAUCAAGUGUAUCCCUAAAAAAGCACUGGAAGGCAAAGAGAACAACAUUGAAAAUGAGAUUGCAGUACUACACAAAAUCAAGCACACCAACAUUGUUUCACUGGAAGACAUCUUCGAAAGCACCUCCCACUUGUACCUUGUCAUGCAGCUGGUAUCUGGAGGUGAACUGUUUGACAGGAUCGUGGAGAAAGGCUUCUACACAGAGAGAGAUGCCAGCCAGCUUAUUCACCAGAUCUUGGAUGCAGUCAAAUAUCUCCACAAUAUGGGAAUAGUCCACAGAGAUCUGAAGCCGGAGAAUUUGUUGUAUUACAGUAUGAACGAAGACUCCAAAAUCAUGAUCAGUGACUUUGGUCUGUCAAAGAUUGAGGGAACAGGCAGCGUCAUGUCCACAGCCUGUGGUACUCCUGGAUAUGUGGCUCCUGAGGUUCUUGCUCAGAAGCCGUACAGCAAAGCAGUGGAUUGCUGGUCCAUAGGAGUAAUUUCUUAUAUUCUGUUGUGUGGAUAUCCUCCAUUUUACGAUGAACAUGACGCCAAAUUAUUUGAGCAGAUUCUAAAAGCAGAGUAUGAAUUUGACUCUCCGUACUGGGAUGACAUCUCCGAUUCAGCCAAAGACUUUAUCUGUCAUUUGAUGGAAGAUCCUUUGAAGAGAUAUACGUGUGAGCAGGCCCUGCAGCAUCCAUGGAUCUGUGGGGACACAGCCCUGGAUAAGAAUAUCCACGAAUCUGUUAGUGCUCAGAUCAAGAAGAACUUUGCCAAAAGUAAAUGGAAGCAAGCGUUUAAUGCCACAGCAGUGGUGCGCCACAUGCGGAAGUUGCAGCUGGGUACCAGUCUUGAGGGACCCAGUCAGAUUACUCCUACCAGUCCCUGCCACGGGCAUCUGCUCCCGGAAGAGGAGGAGGAGGAAGAGGAGGAUUUGGGGAACGGGGAAGAGGAGAGCUUGUCCGACUACAAGGACGAUCGUCGUGGAAGCACCGAGGGCAGCACAGACCGGGACAGCCUGAAGAGCUGCACUUACUGCUGCAGGCCGGCAAGUCGCGUCUGAGCACAGCCUUCUGAUGUCAUGGUGACACUGAAUCCCUGGAGCAUCCAGAGCCCACCACACCCAGUCUGGCCAGGAAUGCAAAGUGAUAUUAGACAGCACAGCAUGUGUCAGAGAGCGUGCACUGUCACAGUUUAAGUAGUACCGCAAGUACUGAGUCAAGAUACAGGGUUUACAUUGAUGUUUU